UUAUAUUUGCUGAUUCAUUUGAUCCCAACAAACACAUUGCUAUUUGCUAGUAUUAUACAACGCAAGAAACUUAGACGAUUAAACAGAACUCUAACAGAAUUACAAAGAAGAUGACCAAAUUUUGCGGCUACCACAAUCACAACAUCUUUGUGAUGUUGCUUGUAGCUCUAAUAUUGGCUUCAAUGAUACUCAACUCUCAAUGCCGCCUCAUCGUCAGCCAACUGCCCGGAGAAGAAGACGAUCUAGGGAUGAAGUGGGCACUCGAGAUGUCGAGCAGAGAUGAGAUAGUGCAACUAGCUGGGUAUGGUGAAGAAAAACUCUCCACCGUCCUCAUCACCGGUGGAGUUGUUUGCAACAAGGCUUGUUUAGCAACUAAACAUAGCAGCAACCACCACCAGCUUCAGCUUUCACCACAGCCUAUCUCAGGGGCCUUGGUGGGAGUUGCAUGUCAUACCAAGAAAGACAAAAGCACCCAUUGGGUUAAAGCUGUUACAGACAAUUUUGGAGACUUCACAAUUGACCUUCCCUCUCAUCUACAUGGAAUCCCAGACUUGGACAAGGCGUGCUCAGUUAAGAUCCUAGAUCUACCUAAGGAUUCAUCUUGCCAUCAAUCAGCUUCUGCUAGUAAACACAAGGAGAUCAAGCUAGCAUCGACCAGAAAUGGAAAGCGUACAUAUAUGGUAAGAGGGUUGGCACUGCAGCAUACACUGUCUGAGAAUUCAGCAGCUUGCAUGAAGAAACAGAAGGAUGAGCAAUAGAUGUCAUGGUAAGUGGCAUUUCAAAGUAAUUGCACAGGUAAAGUGGCUGAGAAACCCAAAUAUUGUAUGAUGGCUCACUCGGAUGGCGCUAUUGUCACAGCAAUGAGUCCCACGUUUCAAUUCCACCUAAUUACGUUCAACAGCAAGUUGGAAUACUUGUCUAAAAGGGAAAAAAUCAUAUAGAAGUUUGACAAAUAUACCACUAUGUAUAUUACAUGUAUAUAUAUAUGUAAUUUUGCUGCAACUUUUGGUGAUGUACCUUAUAUAUCA